CCAUUUUCCUCUCACAAUGGCAACCCAGAGGCUCACAGAAUCUGCCGGAUUCACUUACUACCCGCUCAACGAAGAUCGAAACGAGAUCCGGGUCCUCAACCUACAGACAAUUGAACGACCACCUCUUGCCAAGUUCCGGGAUGAGCCACCUGAAUGGCAUGGUCUUGUCCAUUGUACGAUAGAGCACGUUUCACUCGACGCACAUCUACCAGACUACAGAGCUUGGUCGUCACAAACGCCGCAGCUGUCUCGGAGAAAUAGUGACGAGCGAUGGCGACGGUUCUCGAAUGAGCAAUAUCGAUCAUUGAGCCCGACAAGAGUAAGCUCGCCGUUUGAGAGGCCACGUGCGCAUCAUCGCUAUCAUCGAUUUUCAUGGGGUGACUACGGAGCCCUGAGCUAUACUUGGGGGGACCAGACUGUGAGAGUGCCGAUCAUUAUGAAUGGCCAGGUUGUGCUUGUCGGUCAAAGCUUAGAGGCAGCUCUGCGAGCCUUAUCCUCAGAUCCGGAGUAUAUUGACGGUCUGAAAGUCUGGGCCGAUGCAAUCUGCAUCAACCAGAGGGACCUGGCCGAGCGCAAUCGUCAAGUGAAGCGCAUGCGUCAAAUUUAUGGAAGAGCGCUUAUUGUCUCCAUCUGGCUGGGCGACAUCCCCAACGACUCUAUUUCCGACAUGGCUCAGCUCCACGAACUGAUAGUCAAAUCAAAAGACAAAGCUGCAGCAUCUGAGGUGCUGGAAGUAGCGAUGACGGACCCAGAGAAGAAAGAAACCAUACGCAGGGCCAUCGAUGUAGUUGUCAAGAAGACAUACUGGUCUCGGAUUUGGGUAAUUCAGGAGAAAUGCCUGGGUCCCUUCAACCCUUCAAUUCUUUUCGGGACGUUUCGUAUGGGCUUGGUGCCGUUUCAUAAUUUCCUCCAGGGCGUCACGAACAUCCAUGGCGCUGUAAGGGCUCGCGAGAAAGUCUGGCGAAUCUUGAAAUUGAUGGAGUUAGUAACUGCGACUCAAGAGCGUGUUCGCCGCGGUCGAGCUCAGACCAAUGAAGAGCGUAGGCAAGAUCAAGACGACCUUGGACUACUCUUGAUGAUUGGGAGGAUGGCAGGCUCACUCGACUUGAGAGAUCGUCUGUACGGAUUGAUGGGCAUGAUACCGGAAUAUGUGGCCAAAUUGAUCGAGCCGGACUACACGAAGAAGGUAGAAGAUGUGUUCUCGGAUUUUGCCAGCGCUCUUAUUACUGGCUUCGAAUCUUUCGACAUAGUGUUGACUGGGACAGCGGAAUCUACUCUGAAGCUUCCUUCCUGGGUGCCAGAUUUGACAUCUCCGUGGGAUCCUUAUCUCUGUUGUUGUUGUUGUUGUUGUUGUUGUUGUAUUUAACGCCGUGGCGGCCGGGCUAGAGCCCUUACCGCAGACCUCCCGAAGGGU